AUGGGUAACUUAGUCGAAAUUAAUGACAGUACUAUAAUUUUCGUAAACACAGUUGAUGAUCGGUCUUUCAUCCCAUUUCUCUUCCUUAUUUUCCUACUACUAUUGUCAAUUGGCAAUGCCAAGACGAAAACUCCAAACCACAAAAAAUCCUCACCUUUUGAUUUCAUCAACAAUCUAAAAGGUUGUCAUAAGGGAAACAACACCAAAGAGGUCCACGAGCUCAAAGCCUACCUCGAGAAAUUCGGAUAUCUGAAAUAUCUGAACAAAACCCAUGCUACCGACGAUGAUUUCGACGACAUCCUAGAAUCCGCUGUCAAAACCUACCAAAAGAAUUACGACAUCAAGCCCACAGGGAUCUUAGAUGACGAAACAAUCGCGAAAAUGACAGCCCCUCGUUGCGGGGUGGCCGACAUCGUCAACGACACCAACUACAUGCAACCCCGAAACAGGACGAGUCGUAGCAUCCACACCGUCUCUCACUACACUUUCUUUCGUAAUAACCCUAGGUGGCCACCAACUAAAACCCAUCUCACUUACCGCCUAUCACCCAACUUUCCCCCAGCUGCCGUCGAUCCUGUGGCACGUGCCUUCCAACAAUGGGAAAGUGCCACACAUUUCUCCUUCUCGCGUGGUGAAAACGUUGACAUAGUUAUAGGGUUUCACCAGGGAAACCAUGGCGACGGUGCCCCUUUUGAUGGCCCGGGUGGAACCCUAGCUCACGCGUUUGCACCAACCGAUGGCAGGUUCCAUUAUGAUGCCGACGAGCAGUGGUCCAUCGCCCAAAAUGCCAAUGCUUUCCAUUUGGAAACUGUUGCUGCACAUGAAAUCGGCCACCUUCUUGGUUUGGGGCAUAGCUCACACGAGACAGCAAUCAUGCACGCGACUAUUGGAGCAGGGGCGGUUAAGACUUUGGAUCAAGAUGAUAUCCAGGGGAUUGCUGCUUUAUACAAUCGCCAAAAUUAGCAUUCCAUCUAUAUUAAUAUGUAUAAUAAUUCCUAUGUCGG